AUGGCGCGCCGCUUUGCAGGUGUUUGGCUGGGAUGCUGGGGUCUUUGCGCUUCGUGCAGCUUUGCCUUUGCUGGCUUGGAUCUGCUCUGCUCAGCUAGCGCACCCCAGAGAACCCGCAGCAUGCAGCGAGAUGCUGUAGGCCAUUUCCCAGCACGCGAAACCUUUGAGGUCCCUGCACCACCCCGACAAGCUCUCUUGGAGAGACUAGAGGCAGAGCUGCCAACCUCCAAUGUCGAAGAGCACACGGAAGAGGUGCGGCUGCUACGAGACCAAACCGCUUUGCUGGCCCAGGAGCUCAGGUUGCUGCGGGAAGUUCUGCAAGAUGGAUCGCUUUUGUCGCACCUCGAGGAUUUCAUCGGCACAAACGAGGUAGAACUUGCUGAGCCAGAGGAUCCUAAGCCUCAGCCGGCCGAGCCGGCUAAGGCUGGAUCGGAGUCCCGGUUGGGAAUCCGCUUCCAAGACCUGCAUGGAGGCCCAGGGUUUCGACAACCCGAAGCUGUGGAGUCGUUAGCCCAUCUCUCGGCCCGGGUCAUCGAGCGGCGACGCCAGGGCGAGCUCCCUCUUGGACAGGUGCCCAGUAUUGGCUGA